AUCAGUGUAUUUGUAUACGUUUUAAUAUUUUUAGCAUAAUUCCAGAGUUUUAGCUCAGGGAUCUUUAGUAAUGCCUCCACCAACAUCAGAGGAGCACAAUUGGAUGCACGUCAUUGUGCGUGUUGGUCUCAAUGCCUGUACUCAUCCAAUUGAGUAUGCUAAAGUUUUAAUUCAGAUUGGCCAUGAACCUUUGCCUCCCUACAAGUCGCGGACAAUACUUGGAAAGGAAAAGUUAUUCUAUCCCAGCAUCUUCUCAUACUAUCUUCAAAUCGCUCCAUGCUCCAGAUCGCUCCAUGCUCCAGACCGCUCCAUGUUUCAGAACGACGAGGCGAGCAGCGAUGACCUGAACCUACAGGAGCGCACUGAGCGCUGCCUGCGACGCACGGCGCGCGAGACUGCGGGACGCUGCGCCGCCAUCAUCGCGUCACAGCCGCUGCACGUGAUCGCCGUGCGCACCAUGGCGGAGUUCGUGGGGCACGACGGCCAGUAUACGAGCGUCGUGGGUUCGGUGGUGGUGAUCUACCGCGAGGAGGGCGUGGCGGGUUUCUUCGCUGGCCUGGUGCCUCGUCUCGUCUGUGACGUGGGCUGCCUCUGGCUGGCCAACGCCCUCAUACACAUCGUCAACAACUUCGUCAUCGAGGACAAAGACCUGCAGAGCUACGUUGGCGCCUCAAUCAAGUUCUUGGCCGGAUCUUUGUGGUAUCCCCUGCAAGUUGUGUCGAGCUGCAUGGCGGUCUCUGGAUCAGGUCUCGUCGCGGGAUCGCCACCUCGCAUGCCCGAGUACAAGUCCUGGCAGGAGUGCUACCGACACCUCAAGUCGAUGAAGGCGCUGAAGAGAGGCGGCACCCUCCUGUGGCGCGCGUACACGGGACCAACUUUCUUCUCUGCGUCAGGAGCGCCGUUACUGCCGCGUGUAGAUAUGUUGUCAGUGCCCUCGAAGCUUCAUUAAGCGACGUUAUCUUUUGACUACUUGUGCCUAGAGAAAGCUUGGUGCGACAACAGCAAAGAUUUAAGUUACGAAAUCUGAUUUUAAAAGUCCUCUUUGCGUUUUUGAUUUGCAAACUACAAAGUAGUUAAAUUGCUCUGCGAUCUGUCACUGAUAAAACUAAAGAUGCUAAGCGUUGUGAUUAUGCGUUGAAUAAAACAAUAUUGACCUACUAAGACAUUGUAAAUAAAGGCAGCUGAUUAUAACAUUGAGCUUAGAACGUGUUCUAUGGGAUUGUUAGCUUAGUUUACCAGUCAUUGUUGCCAAUAAUUCUAUGAUGUUGGGCUUAUUUUGUUGUUAGGGUUUUGAGCUUCGGUCUCCUACAGGCUAAAAGCUAAAAAGCUGCUCUGCGAACGCUCAGGGAAAUUAGAAUAUUUCCUGCGGCAGAAUACAAGAGAACUCGAUAUCUAUACUGCCGGUGUUAGUGCCAGCUAUUCAACUCGUCUUCAGCCAUUUGUUUUCAUGUUAACUACUUUCUCUUCUGUUAAAAUCAAUUUUUCUCAAUUUGUAAGAGAGUGUUUGUCUCAAUCUUGGUUUCAAAUCCCAACGGCUGUCAUGCAAUGAAUUGUAAGGAACCACGAGCACACCAGCACCCCCUGAGAGCGCAGUGUGUUGGCAGUGAGAAGUCUCCGCAGAUGUAUUAUUUCAUUAUUCAAAUUUCCUGGAAAAAUGGAUUUUUAUCAGCUGAUGAAACUCAUGUCAUCCAAUAUUACUAUUGGUGAAAGGCAUGUCUGUAUUUACAUCAAUGUUGAUCAUGGUAUUGAAUAUUCCGACGACUGCCAUUCUGGCGAGUUGUUCUCCCUGGCUGAGCUUGUCAACCGCUGUUUAUUGAAUGAAUUGGUUACUUUUGCUACGACCAGCCUACAGUUGAUGCUGCAUUAGACACAUAAAAAUGAUUAAGCAGUACAGUUAUUUUUUUAACACGUAUUUUUGAUAGAUUAUUAUUAUUAUUAUACUAUUAAGACCGCUGGCUCAGUUCGAUUGGUUCUUCGCCGCACGCAAAUACACUCGACUAGUUUUUUCUCUCUCAAAAGCUAUUUUAUUUUGGGACCGAAGAGAAGAAGUAUUACCUAUAUGAAGGGGUAGUCUAUUAUUUAGUCAAUUACCGCUCGGGCAUAACAAUUGUUAUGAUUAUUGCUUAUGGUUAUUCCACAUGCACUUUCUUAAGUAAUUUUUCAUUCUUCAUUUAACGAUUAUUUUGAUUGCCCGGGUGCACACAUGAUAGAUGAUUUCGGAAUAUUGUGUUUGAACGAAGGUACCCAUUGUAAAUAGCUAUUUGUUGUCUCACAUCAAAUCUCGAUUGCAAGGGAGAAGAAUAUUGUGCCAACAAUCAAGUUUUUUGCCCUGCAUUUACAGUGGAAGACGUUUUGAUCUAAUCCGUUGUAGAGUAGCUUUUUGAGGGGAUGGACGUCUUUUUUCAUUAAUAUUCAUUAUUCAUUUGCUUCGUUAUCCAAUGAAAACGUGAUUAUUGCAUAUAAGUUGCGACUUGUGCAACAUAACAGAGAGCUAUUAAUCAGUAAAUCAUUGUUUUGUAAUCAUGUUGCUGGUCAUGUGUGUUAACUGCUAUUUCAACUUCAAAUAUACUGAUACUUGCUUCAACAAACUAUGCUUAGAGAGACAAAUAAGGCAGGAAUUAAAGGUAAUUAGUGUAUUCAAUGUAAUGAAAAAUCAAUGGCGAAAUUUCAUAGCAAUUAGAGGCAUUCAAGAAAGAAAGUAUAUUUGUUUUCCUGGCAGUAGAAUUAUGAACAUUGAGUUCUCUACUGUAGCUACUAGUCCCGACUCCUACAAUAAAUGUGUGAAACUAGGUUAGCAUCUUCAUGCAGAUACACACGAGUGAAACGUUGUAAAUAUAGCUGAAAACUCUCA